CUCCAUUAUGUUAUUAGAGUUUCCUACUGCGUAACCUCUUAGAAACACUAUAUACAUUACAUUAUGUAUUUAUCAUGUUAGCUUCCAAUAUUUUUCUUAGUGUUCAAUGAUUCUUCGAAACAGUAAGAUAGCAAUAAAAUUUAUAUACCUCUGGCAUUCGCAAUUCAAGACGGUGUUAACUGUACUAUUGUUAUAAAUUGUUAUUUGUUACAAGGUACUGUAAUUUUAAUAAACACAAUUUUUAUCUAUAAAGAGGCUUCAAAUGGAAAUUGGUAUGGCAAUCCGACAUAUUAUACUAAAUAUCGGAUUAAUAUUAAUACUAACAAUUAUACUAUCUACUGGAAAAUUGACACAAAAUAAGACUGAACCGAAUUACAAUGUUUUGAAUGGCACUCGUUUAAAACCAUUGCAUUAUGAUGUCGAAAUAAAAUUUGAUGGAAAUAUCUUUUGUGGGAAAUGCAAUAUUAUCAUCCAAAUUAAUCGUCCAACAAAAAAUAUAACUGUGAUACGUUCAAAGAUUUUCAUUAUAGUGAAAAUUGACUUAAUUGACAACAAUGAUAAUCAAACAAUCAACAUCCAGAAAUUUUCAUUUAUUGAUAAAACGUACAUUUGUUUUGAUUUUACCCAACCAUCAGGCGAUUUAUUAUCUCCUGGUACGUAUAUCUUAAAAAUGAUAUAUGUCAGUAGCAUAUUAGAUGACAGAGACUUUUUUGAAUCUUUCGACAUAGUCAAAGAAAAAGACAAAAUAUUAAACAAAAUAAUAAGAGCAGGAGAACUAUUUCCAUAUAUUGACGAGCCGGCAUUUAAAUCAACCUUUAAUAUUUCCAUCAAGCAUCAUAAAAAGAAUACAUUUUUAUCAAAUAUGCCGAUACAAAAAAAAGUUGAAGAUAUGCGUAACAUGCUGUGGACUCAAUUUGACACAUCACCUUCAAUGUCCGUUCAACAUUUAACAAUUGUGAUAACCACAUUCACUAAUUUCUUCGCCUCUUAUAGAAAUGUUAAAAUUUGGUAUAGAAAAGAGAUGAUAGACCAGUUGCGAUUUGCAGAAAACAUUGUCCAUGGAGUCGUGUACUAUUUGGCACAAAAAAAUUCAAGAAAAAUAUCAAAAAUAGAUUACGUUGUAACUAACGACUUUCAACACAGUAACAUAAGGACACGAGGCUUUGUUCUGUUAAGAGAAGAAGAUAUUAUUUUUAAUAAUACCGUAGAUGACAUUGCCCGCAAAAUAAAAGUGGCGAAUUUAAUAGCACGUGAAACGAUAUCUCAGUGGUACGAUGAUGUGUUUCUGUGGUCAAAAGAAGGAUUUAUUACGUUUCUUGCAGCGCAUAUUUUGGAUCAGACUCGGUUAUAUUAUCGCAUGGUGGAUUUAUUUGUCGUUCAAACACAACAGGAAUCUCUACGUUUCGAUACACUUUUUAUGCCAAAUUUUCUGUCAUUUAGAAAAUACCGUUAUUAUAUCAAAACAUGCAUUAUAUGGCGCAUGUUAUAUCAUAUACUAUCUGAUGAUGUGUUUUGGACUAGUAUCAACACACAUAUAAACAUACAGCAUAAUCAGACAAAUGCGACAGAUACUGAUAAUUUAUCUAACAUUGUAUCAUUUUCUAACACUGUGGAAAGUGUUCUAGAUGCAAUGAAUAGAACACGUAACUUUAAUAUAGAAAAUGUAGUCAAUAUGUGGUCAAGGGAAGGAUAUCAUCCUAUACUGUACGUUACACGAAAUUAUUCUACAAACUUAGUAUCAAUCUCAUAUAAUUAUAAAGACACAAUACGACGAUAUAAAAUAUAUGUGAAAUUGACAAGGAAAUCACUGAAUUUUGUGACACAACAUUUUUGGCUAUCUGCACUAUCACCGCACUAUUAUAUGUUGGACGAGCCUGACAAUAAUGAUUUUAUUGUAGUCAAUUUACAACAAGUUGGCUACUAUCGCGUCAAUUAUAAUAUGGAUUACUGGCAGAAACUUGCGGAUUAUUUGUACUUUGUAAAUUAUACCGUGAUUCAUGUUCUGACUCGAGCCCAAAUCAUCGAUGACGCGUUUUAUUUUUUGACGCAUGGACAACUCAAUUUCACCAUGUUUUGGAAUAUUACAAGUUUUCUACUUAAGGACACAGACUAUGUAGCAUGGUAUCCUAUGAUUAAAGCUGUUGAAUACAUGACGUGUAUCUGGUCUGUUCAAAAUACUGCAUCUAUAAAGAACAAUAUUAAAGAAAUGUUCGAUAAACUUCUGCAAAAAAUAGGAUACGAUGACAAAUUUGAUGAAAGUGAUUUUACUAAAUGUUUAAGAGAAGAAGCGGUAAAAUGGGCAUGUGUUCUCGAUGUUUAUAAAUGUAGACAAACAGCGGCCUUUCAAUUAGAAAAACAUCUUGAAAGUUCUACAGAAGACAAACUUUUAAAAUGGAAAGAAUGGAUAUAUUGUAAAGGUUUAAUGGCAGCAAACAUCAUCACUUGGCGCAAAGUGUGGAAUGUAUGGAAUGCAACAUCCGAUAAUACAAUUUUAGAAUAUUUAACUUGCUCUACAAACACUAAUAUUAUUCAAUUUUAUUUGAGAUUAAUGAGGGAAAAUAAAUAUGAAAAUAAAUUUUAUAUUAGCAUAUCAAAAAGUAGAACGAGUGCAAUUUUCUCUCUUAUUGUUGCAAAACAUGCUAAAAUUGAUGCAGUGCUCAAUAUGAUAUUCGACUUAUUCAAAUUCAAUAUAAAAAAGCUAAUUGACCAAAUAGCCAUGAUAAUUGUUAUUAUAACGCACGAACAUGACGUAAAAAAAUUGAAAAAGGUAAGUGAAUUCGUUCAAAAUAAUCUUGCAAUGAGUGGAAAGAAAUUAAUUGAUGCCGUUCAACAAAAAAUACAGAAACGAAAGUUAGAAUACAACAGACGAUCAACAACCUAUGGGCGCCUAUAAGCGCCUACCGUAUGAGAAACAAAUAGGCAAACAACUGAAUCCAUGAAAGAGAAUAAUUUUACUUGUU